AUGUCUUCAUCAUCUUCAAUAUGGUUAAUAACGGUUGAUAUUUAUCAUUGGUUUUUUGCCAAUCUCCAUAAUAAAAUUCUUCAACUUGAUUAUUCAUCAUUAGAUAAUAUUGAGGGAGAUUUAGAUUUAUCACUAAUUCUCGACAAAAGUGUUGAACAUGAAAAUUUAAAUAUACGUGGUUUCGAAGAUUUUAUCGAAUUAAAUUUAGAUGAAAUUGAAUUAUUUAUGAGAGAAAAUGGUAGAAUGCAUGGAAUGGUAGUCACUGUUCAUCAAGCCAAAGAACACAACUAUCAUAUAAUCAAUAUUAAUAAUGACCAAUCGACAAUGGUAUGGAAAGUAUCAUAUAAUAUUCGUUUCUUAGAUUGUAUAUCUAAUAAUAAUUUACCAAAUCUUUAUGAUGUACAACAAAAUACAAGAUCAAAUUAUAUAUGGCAAAUAUGUGCUCAACAAGAAUAUAAAGUCUAUCAAUAUAUUUUCAAAAAUUUAGAUCAAUUUCAUAUUCGUAAUUUACCAGCAUUAAUGAAUAGAACACAAGAGGAUUUAAUCAAAAUGGCUGAACAGCCUUUAGAACAAACAGAUCAUAAAAUUAUAUCUGAUAUGAUUGAUAUACAAUGUUGUAAAAUAAGAGAUCUACAUCAACACAAUGAAUCUGAACAACUAAAAUAUGUGAUUUUAGUGGAACCAUCAUCGAAUCUAUUAGAUAUAAUCAAUAUAUAA